UGACAUUGACAGUUGAGAACGGCGUUCAUAUUGCGCGGACGCACGGUGUGAUUAUGAACACAGUGUUGUGAUUUAUUCUAACAAAAUGGAAUGGUAUACUACGGAAUCGGGAAAAUACCGAGUAGAGUCACUGUCAGCUGAAACCUUCCCCGGUGCAUUAAAAGUAAUACAAGAAGCAUUCUGCCAAGACGAAGCAGUGUCAAUAGGAGCUGAGGUCAACAAAGAUCCGGCGGCACAGGAGGAGUUGUUAGAACUAUGUGCAGACGCUGCCCUAGAUGGCGUUUCGCUAGUAGCGAUAGAAGUUAGCAGUGGACAGGUUGUGGCUGUUACUUUUAAUAAACUACAGGUUCAGUCUUCUGACUCUGCCGAGAGAACGUUUUUCGACGUUUUUGUAGAAGAGCGAUGUAACCGGCCUUCGUCUAAGUCGCUUAUACAGUUCAUGAGCAACGUUGAUGCCAGAUGCAAUUUAUUUGAAAAAUACCAGACAGAUUGUAGCUUAGAGAUAAUGUUUCUAGCUACCCUGAAAGAACACAGAGGCCAGAACCUUGGAACAAUUGUUUGCAAACUAUCAGUUGAUCUAGCAAAAAAACUAAAAAACGGUCCCGUUUCAAAAAUAACGCUAAAAGAUUUAGGCUCUAAAUACUCUCACAUGAAACCACGUGAAGUAACAAAUAAAGUACCAAAAAUUUGCCAAGCAAUAUGGACGGGAGAAUUUACGCAAAGAAUAGGAGCGAAGUUAGGGUUCAACGUCGAAGUGAAAGCCUUAAUGAGCGAGUUCAGCCAUAAUGGGAAAACGUACGCCGAUAGACUAGGUGAUCAGGCUGCCUAUUCGGAAGUUGUAUCCUUAGUUUUAGACUAAGUUUUUUUAAAGGAAAGUCUUGAACAAACUUUAAAACUG